AUGGGUGCAUCUAAUGAGGCAAUCCCCAAAACAGUCAGGAGGGACCUAGAUCAAGAGCUAAAGCGAGGGCAGACCCAGCUCUCUGAGAUCGGAGGAAGGCCGCAGAAUGGUCUGACAAAGAUGUCUGCAGGCAGGAAGGGACGGCUCAGAGGUUCCAAAGCCAAUCAACUGACAAGUCAUGAGGAUAACUUGGGCCAUGAAAAAUCCGUUUCCUACGCUACUGAGAAUUGGAAAACAGCAAUCCUACCGAAAACAGAUCACACGGCCCCCACAGGCGGGCAGGACAAGCCACCGGGCCCUGGUGCAGGAGCUGCUCGCUCCACACAUUGUUUAGAGGCCGACGCGACACAGCCAUCUUGCGUCGGGGGCCCGGGCCCAGGAGGAGAGCGAGCCCAGUCCCCUGAUCCCGGAGGCCGAAACCGGCGAGGGGCUGCCCUGCACGCAGGCGGCCGGCCCAGGAGUCUGAGCGGAUCAAGUUGUCUGCGGCGGACUCGGGCCGGCACCGCAAGACCCGGCCGCACUUGGCCCAGCGCGCAGGCGGGAAGGAGGCCGUCGGUCCGCCCCUCCCGCUGCCGCAGCGACCCCGUCCGACAGCGGGCACGGGACGCUGGAUUCCUAUUUGCCAGCUUCCUGCUGGGGAGCGUUUUCCAAUGGGGCGCGGCGACCCGGCCGACCGCGUCCUCCUCCCCCACUGCCGCCCGGGUCUCCUCGGAGGCGCGCGCCGGGGCCUGCGCGGGGGCGGUCCCUCCUUCCCCUCCCCGCCGCGACCCGAGACGCCCGCAGGCCGGGCGUUCACCCGCCGCGCCUCCGCCCGCCUUCCCCUCCCCCCACUUCCCUCCGGGCGCCCCAAACCCGGGCUUCUGGGGUUCGACGCCGUGCGCACACGGAGCGGGAUGGGAGUGCAGGGGCCGGGGGCGGGGGCUGGCCGGGGGCGGGCGGCCCCUCAGCGUGUCUUUUGUGUUUGUACACACACCGCGCGAGGCGUCCUGGAGGAGGGAGCGGGCGGCGCGCGGGGGAGGGGCGAGCGCGCGCCAGCGAACGGGCGCGCGGGGGGAGGGGAGGAGGCGGGGCGCGAGAGGUGCUGUGGGGGCGGGGCCGAGCCUUCCCUCCAUUGUGUGUGAUUGGCUGGCGCGCGGCGCGGGGGCGGGGCGGCGUGUGUUGGGGGAUAGCCUCGGUGUCAGCCAUCUUUCAAUUGUGUUCGCAGCCGCCGCCGCGCCGCCGUCGCUCUCUAACGCCAGCGCCGCCUUUCGCUCGCCGAGCUCCAGCCGAAGGAGAAGGGGGGUAAGUUUCCCCGUCUGCCCGCUUCCCCGGAACCGAGCCCCGCUUGUCGUCAGCCCCGAGCCGGGCCCUGGCCUCUCUCGCCGCCUCAGCCCAACAGCAGCAACCGCCGCGGCGCCGAGCCUGCUCUCCCUCCUCCUCCCCGCGCCCCUGGCUCCUCUUUCUUCGGUGAAAUCCCGCUCGCCGCCCCUUCCCAGGACCCCAGACCUUCACCAGGACCCGCGCGGGCCUCUUAACUACCGCCCCCGGGCCCCAGCCCCCAGUUUUCGAGCGGGAAAGGGGUGGAAAUCGCCGCCGCUUCGCACCCUGGGGUAA